AAAUGACAACAACAACAACAACAAUAACAAUAAAAAGACUUUUCUGAAGUGAAUAAUUAUCACCGCGGUUACAUUAAUUUUUGCUUUGCAUUCUAGUUUCCUAACUUAUUUUCCAUUUACCUUGUUGUCUUUCUUGAUCUCUAAAGAUGUCAGCAUAACACUUACAGUACACAACGUCAGAUCAGAGAGAUGUCUCGAAAUAUUUUGGUGUUUGCUUGGAUAAUUACCAUUUGUUUUAUAAACAAUGCCACCUCAAAAAAGGUUGCCCUUACUGGGCUGAAGCCUCAAAGUCUCUCCCCGAUACAAACGUCCAUCACAGAAGAUAUUAAAACGCCAACAACAGGUACUUCGCUCACAAAAUCACCGACGCCAACAUCUCCUCCACGCAAAGCCAUCUUCCCCACUUUCCAAGUCGCAAAACGGGAAUCGUACCCAGAAUCCUGUGGAGACUAUGAGAUCCCUGGUUUUAGUCUGGAAUUAGACUCUGGACAAACUUGUUUGGUUGAUGAGAAUGGAUUAAUGUUUGGAGCUUGUGCGACGCGCAUCUCGGAUCCAAAUAAUUGUGGAUGGGCGGAGAUUUGCGUGGAUCGACAUGCCUGUACGAGUAGUUGUGGGAGAACUUCUGUCCCUAAUUUGAGUGUUACGACUUGGUAUGUGAGCUUGCUAUAUCUUCUUUUGCAAAUCGCAAGUCUAUGGUCAAAUAAGGAGUAAUUGGGAGAGGAGGGAACCACAAAUUAUAGUGUGCAGCUUUAUAUUUGACAGCACUCUGCUGACUUUGUGCUGACCUUUUGGGUUAACAGCGGUGGUAAUAGAGAUGGAAAUGAUUAUUGCGCCAUGUGGUAUCUCGUGACAGAAACCUAUAUCUACACAUCUAUUACAUGUAGCGAUCGACAAAGCUGGCAGACUUGGGAUGCUACUUUGGUUACAUCAAUGUCUGUGAAUCUCGCUACCUUAUUUACUACUACUGCUGCCGCACCCACAUCUACAUCUAAAUCAGAAAUUUCGAGCACUUUAACUAUCUCAGUUGCAAAUGUAAGCGGAGAAGGUAACAGUAGUACUGUCUACUCGGGCCCCCAUGAUAGCAAUCAUUCGUUAGGAGCAAUAAUCGGGGGAGUAGUCGGUGGACUUGGUGCUGUCUCAAUUUUGGCUGGCCUCGCCUGGUUCUUCCAUCGUCGUAUGGAGUCCGAAAAAAGAGCCAGCAGAGCUCUCGCAUUUGAUCCUGGACAUUCUUCUUCUGAUGACCCCGAUCCACCCAAUGUGAUAGGCUCCACUCAGGCCGGUUCGCACCACUCCGUCAGGUCGUCGAAGCUCACCGGAGGUCCUGGCCAAGGAUAUCCUAGGAUGAGCUAUGUGGAUAGUCCACUUGGGAGCCCGAAUAUUGAUGGUAGUAUUCAUAAUGGCGGAAUUCGCACUUCAAUGGUUACAACACCAGGUGGUGCACCAAGUGUGCAUAGCGCGUAUGCUGAUAAUCCUGUACAUGAAAUGCAUGCCGAUACCAUUGGGCCUGCUGAGUUACAAGCAUGAGGAUCAACAGGUUAUUACUUAUGCAUCGAAAACGGAGUUGGGUAAAAUUUCAUACAGACUUUUUCGAGGGAUGUAUACGUGGACUUCCGCAGAAUAGAACUGGUCAAGGGAUGAAGGCAUUCGAAAAGUUCACAUUUGGAGUUUUCUAGUGCUGCCAAUCUCAUGGUGGAAUGAAAGGGGGCAUACAAUUUCCUUUGACAUGGCUUGGAAGUGAGGAGAUGAUAGAUUCGUGAAUAAUUCUUGGAAUUUAUUCAUGGUUAUCCAGAGUCUUCUCCACGGAGUCGUCUUGUUGGAUAAUCUGACAAUAAGUCUAGUACCCUACUUUCCGGCCACCCCUAAUUCCGGCCACCUUUUCACAUCAAAAAUAAUCAUUUUCACCUAUUAAUAUUUCAACAA